GACUCACGUCAAAACAAAUCGCUGCUAACGCAGGUUUUCCGGUGUUUUUCGGGAUUUUUUGACGCAAACGAUGGAAAGCGACUGUUCGGACCGACCCGGCUGCUGAGGUCACGUCCGGUCCCGGGAGCUCCUGGGCGGCGUGAGGACGUAAAGCUCGCUCCUGAGCUCAGCUAGCCUGGUUCUCGUCGUGCCAUGUGGGAGUAGCCCCCCCCUGGAGGUGCCAUGCUCGCCACACAGAUGCCAGACACGCCACCGGAGGCUCAUGAUGUCAAACAGAUCAAAGAGAAGCUGGCCCAGGCGCUCAAGGCGCUGCAGAAGCGCUUCGUGGCGUCGGACGCGGUCGUGACCAGUGAGGACGCCGACGCUAACCUGCUCUGCUGCGCCCUGGAGGCCAUCUUCAUCCACGGUAUCAAGAGCAAGUUCAUCCGCUCCGACACCGGGGGGCGAACCAGGAAGGGCGGCCGGGCCCCCCUCCCUCAGCCCUUCUUCUGGAGCCUCCUCAAGACCGUCACCCACCGUGAUGUCAUCACCGAGCUGGAGAAGAUCAGCUUCGUGGGCACGGAGGUGGGUCGCUGCCGGGCGUGGCUGCGGCUGGCGCUGAACCACGGCCUGCUGGAGUGCUACCUGGCGUCCCUGUUCCGGGAGGACUCCACGCUGCGGGCGCACUACCAGCCCCGCGCCUUGCUCCUGAACCCGGAGGAGCGGGACGUCCUGCUCAGCUACCUCCAGGGUCUGGCCUCACUCACCUUCAGCCUGUCCUACAAGUCCGCCGUCCUCAACGAGUGGACCACCACGCCUCUGGUUCUCGCUGGACUCUGCCCCUCCUCCCAGGCGGACACGCCCGACCUGGCCCUUAACGGCGGGGACCACCCCCGCUCCGGGUCCCUGUGUAAGGAGUCGUGGGACACGGUGUCUCAGUCCUCCAGCUCAUCGGACGCUCAGGACACGCAGAGAGGGGGUCCGGUGUCGUUUGUGGGGAGGGGGUCCAGUGCUCUACAGGGGGAGAGGACUGCACUCAGCUCUUCUAAUCUCAGUCUGGACACCACAGGCUCCUCCCAGCUCUCCUCCAGCCUGAGCUCCGACAGCCUCCUGCAGGGCCAGGACCCCCGCAGCCCGGCCGGAGAGCAGUGGUCCUCAUGUGACCUGGACGUAUCCAACCACAUCAGCACCAAGAGACCACAGAAAGAUUUGGUGACUGAGUUCCGGGAGAGCGGACAGGGCAGCCAGGACUCCAUGCGUGAAGACACGUCCUUCGUCUCCAGCACGGGUCCGGAUCAGUUUUCGGAGACGGCUGUUUUCAGCGGCUCUGACAGUGAGACUCAGGGUCCUGGGACGCCAUCACAGGACCUGAAGGACCAGCCCCCCCACUCCGUUCUCUCCCAUUCAGAGCCGCCACCAACUUCCCCUGAUCUGCCGUCAUCCGAUGAAAAGCGUGUUUACCAAACGGCCUCCGACGCGUGUGAGGAUUCCUCCGACGAGCUUCACCUGGACACCGACACAGAGGAGGUGAAUCCAGCGGAGGUGAAGAAGAACAGUGCGUCUGAUCAGAAGGAGAAAGAGGUAGAGAGCUCAGUGAAGAGCAGCUCGGAGCCGUCACUGCAUCCGGGGCCGCGGCGCUCGGCCAGCAUCCUGAGCAGGAGGCCGUCCACAGAUUCUCUCUCACAUUCCCGUUCCUGGAUCUCCGAGGACGACAUCUACAAGCCGCAGCUGGAGGAGGUGUCUGAUCAGGAUGAGGCGCCCCCCCCCGCUCUGACACCCGAGCCCAAGGUCUCCCAGUCCCCCCCCAGUGUCGUCCACCGCAGACAGAUAGGACUGUCCAACCCGUUCCGUGGCUUGCUGAAGCUCGGCCACCUGGACAGACGCAGUGCGAUGGGGCUGUGGCGAGACCAUUACUGCGAGCUGUCCCCCUUCGAGUUCCGCCUGUACUUCAACGCCGAGGAGCGGACCUGCACCGACAACUGCUCCCUGGUCCGGUGUGAGGACGCCCGCGUCACCUUGCCCGAGGGACGCUUCGAGCUCGCCUUUCCCGGGAAGCGACUGUACCUCCGAGCGGCCAAUCAGGACGAAGCUGAGGACUGGGUGGACCGGAUCGCGGAGGCCGUCAACAAAUGCCGGCCGGCGCCUUGUGUCAAUGAGCAGUGGGAGGUGCUACAACCGUUCAGUGAGAACGGUGUAGACGAACGCACGCUUUCCUCCACGUCCUCCACGCCCUCCAGCCCCGAGAGAGGGAUAGUACACCCGGACACGAGGACCUGCGGCGGCCCGGAGGCUCCUCCUCCUCUACAGGAGUUCGACUGGACUCGGACGGCUGAUUUAGAAACGGACGCCAUGAAAGAAGCCGUUUUGUACUUCUCCACCGAUGCUGAAGCCCGGACGUGGGCCCCUCUGAUCUUCUCCCUCUCCUUAGAGACGCUGAAAGGUUUCCGGAUGCAGGACGGGAGGAAGCUCCUGACGCUGAGCCACUCCAUCCAGGAGAUCCGGGAUGUGGUGCCCGACGUCUCCCUGGGGGGUCCGGCCUUUUUCAAACUCUUGACCGUGAGGUGUGCGCUGCGACUCCGGGCGGAGAGCGCGGAGGAGGCUCGCUCCUGGAGGGUUCUGAUCCGUGGAGCUCUGGACUCGUACCUGGAGAGCGGCGAGGACGACGGCUGCGUGCAGCCCGGUGCAGCGGGGUCGGGGGGGACGGGGAACCUCCACAGGCUGGUGCAGCACAGGCUGAAGGAAGAUGGAGCCCUUCUGGUUCAUCUCUGCACCGUGCCCUCGGAGAAAGGUCUGGACUCUCAGAGCUUCAAAUGUGCAGGAUGUCCUCAGAAGAUUGGUCCGUCCCAGUGCAGAGCCAGGUUGUGUGAGUUCUCAGGCCAGUACUACUGUGACUCCUGUCACCAUGGCGACACCACCAUCAUCCCCUCACGCAUGGUGCACAACUGGGACCUCACACAGAGAGAGGUGUGUAAGAAGGCCCUGCGGCUGCUGUCUCAGGUGGAACACGAGCCUCUGCUCAACCUGGAGCAGCUCAACCCUGAGUUAGUGAAGCACUCCGGCUCCAUGGCUCAGGCCCACAACCUGCGGCAGCGGCUGCGUCUCCUCGGCGACUACCUGCUCACCUGCCGCAGCGGAGCCUACAAGAAGCUGCAGGCCAGAUUGGGUCAGCGAACGUACUUGCUGGAGUCGAGUCAUCUGUACAGUGUGGUCGACCUGCAGCAGAUCGCAGAGGACCAAUACGCAGUCUACCUGAUGACUCUGCUGCAGUUUGCCUCCAGCCACGUGUUCCAGUGCGACCUGUGCACGCAGCGCGGCUUCAUUUGCCAGAUCUGCCACGCACACGACACCAUCUUCCCCUUCCAGUUUGACAGCACCACCAGGUGUACAGAUUGUAAAGCUGUGUUCCACCUGGCUUGUAAAGCUCCGGGGCGCUCGUGUCCUCGCUGUCAGCGAAUGAAGAAAUACCGGGAGAGGGAUCUCCAGGACUGAGACGACUCCUUCAGGAAGCCAGACGGCCGCUUGUGGGGAGAAAAACUAAAAAAUCUAGCUUUUACAUGAAGUAACCUCAAGUGCAAUUAUGAGUGCGAUGAACCUGCCCGAACUGACAUUAAAACCAAGGGUGGUGUAAGAGCCUCGGUGCCACAGUAUCCAGAGUGUUGUUCUGAUUGACGGGGGGGGGGCACUGACCCGUCCUGAGAGAUCCGAUCACAAGUGGUGUGGGAUGCAUGAGCUCACACUCUGUUAGCUGUGUGAACGAGAAAGUGUUUGAAGCCACAUAUGAAGCAUCGUCCACUAAACUGACUGUCCUGCAUCGGAGAUACCUCUGAUACGUUCGGGUCGGGCAUCAGCGAGAACAAGAAUCUAUGUAAGAAUCUGAUACCAUAUCUUUUAAGUAUAUUAAGCAGCUUUUCCAUUGGUCAAAAAACCACCAACACCUGCUAACAUCUGGCUGUUGUCUGUAAUGAGAAUUGAUUCGAGGGAAACGGCAAAGUGUACAUUGAAGAACCACUUUCAUACAGGGUUGGUGGCCUACAGCUUUUAAAAUAUGCAAUAAGAGUUAUUUAUUAAAUGCUCUGGUAUCUGAUAGGUACCUGUGAAGGGGAAACUCAAAUCCGAACAUCUCCCUUCAACUUGCUUGAGAGAAAACAGCAUCAUCUGGUCUCAACUAACAGACAUAACAUAUCAGAUUGGAGCUGACCCCUUGUGAUCGGAUCUCUCAGGAUGGACGUGUGGCUCCGGAGCCUCAUGACGCUGCCUCAGCCAAAUGUUACUGACUUCAAUACCUCUCUGAACUCUGAUUCAGCCACGGCAUCAAAUCCAGAACCGGACGGACGACGCUGCCAAGAAUCGUUUCCUUUGUCUUAUUGUGUUGAAACAAACAUUGUUAUCACCAUCGUGUUUAUCACAAAUUCUCUGAGAGACACAUUCCUCAGCACAUCAGCGAGGUCGGGUUCCUCACAUGCACAAUAGCGUAAACAGCACAUGACCCGUUUGAAUGAACACAUCUCGAUCGUGCCUUAUUUUGAAUUCAAGCUAUACACUACUUUUAGGGCCAAAAAGAAUCACGUAGGCUUUAUUAUUUUUCUGAAUCGCCAUAAGAUGAAAUUACACUGCUGCAUUACACAUCUGUCGCCAGGAAGAUUUGGUCUUAAUAUAUUGGUUAGAGACGUUUAGAGGGGAGAUUUAAAAAUAGAUUUAUUAUGCUACUUGCUGACUUAAAUUAAUUAUUAACAAAUUGGCAUAAAAACCAUUUGUUGGUGCAAAUUCCGAUUUCUUUUGAGAUGCCAAUCACUUGAUCUCAAAAGUCAAAACACAUUUUGCAUAUUUGCACUUAAGCGCUGACUGUUAAACGGAUAUUUCGACCACAGUUGAGUCGUAAUAUCCUGAAGUACAUGAAGUGACACCAUGGAAUUGUCUUUUGAUAUUUCCCCGUGCUGCUCAGUUUAAUUUUGGACUCUUGAGUGUUGGACUCUGAUGUAGAGAGGAAGUCGCAGAAUCAUCUAAUAAUGACUCACUGAAGGUUUUUCUCAUCGGAUUCAUUUUGAUAUUUGCAGGAGACAGAAUUCUGCGACACUGUUUUUCCUUGUUUGUAUUUUUUUAUUUUCAUCUCAUCACCAGUAUGUGCUGUAUAAAGGAUAUCAUGGAAUAAAUGUCAGUGUGUCCCUUUCA